CCGGAAAGAGAAGUCAAACUCCAUCUCCAGAUCUGAAGGAGUUUUACUCCAGGGUGUUGCAAAGCGGCCUCUUUUCCCUCCAGUUCGGCAGUUAUCAGCUUAAAUCAGAGCCAUGGCUCCAAAAUCUCCAAAACAAAAAAGCCCAGGUGGCCGGAAAAAGGCAAAACACAGUAAAAAUAAACCAACGCUACCUGUUAGAGAAGAAGCAGAACCUAUGAAUAUGGAGAGCAUGGGUCAUCCAGAAAUUUAUCCAUUAUUGUUAACUACCAAGACCCAGGAAAUAUUUAACUGUCAAAUAGAUGAAGAUAUCACAGAUGAGCAACCUUAUAUACUUAUCAAAAAAGAAGCUAUUUUUGCAGACUUUGAAAACAGAGGUGCAAUAUCUGACUUCCACCCAGUCAAAAAAAUUAUCCAGGAAUAUCCUGGAGAUGAGCUUCUGGUCGUUUAUGACAAAGACUUCAAAUAUGGACUUAACUUUUACCUUAUUGGAACUGAAGAGGGCAAGGAAAACUAUUUAAAUGCCCCACAAGUACCAGAAGAACAGGAAGAAUAUAAAGAGCACAUUCCUGAAGACUUAUUUGUUUAUAAGCCACCUAUCUCUAAACCAUGGGUUUCUUUGGGCAGUGAAAAAGAAAUUGAGGAAGAAUCAGUUAAAGAAUCUACAAAGCAGAUUACGUAUAUGAUUUCUCGACAAAGGAGUGAAUUUGGUGCACCAAUUCACUUCAGUGACCAGAAUGCUUCCAGUGUAAAAGAUGCCUAUACUGAAUGUACAGCCUACCCAGAUAAAAAUUUUACCCUUAAACAACUUGAGAAAGAUGUUGGCAUGCAAGCAGUUCCCAAAGUCAAGGACACAAGUACUCAGACAAGAUGGCCAUAUCCCAAAAAUGCUACUACACAAUAUUAUCCAAGAGAAUUUUCAGACGGGGAAAAGGAGACACUCGGACAAUCAAAGUCUUUGAUUGACUUUCUUAACAAUGCGUCCAUAAGUGUGGAAAUAGCCUUGCAACAAAAUGAGAUCAUGAACACAUUUGUUAAUGACUGGAGAUGCCUGGCAGAAGAUGAAGGCACCUUUGAGGACAAGACUGAUACCCACCUGAGGGAGUACCAGUCCUUCACCGACCUUCACAGCCUAACUGAGAAAAUGGUCACCUGCGUCUCCUGGCAUCCGACUAUCUAUGGGCUCAUGGCUGUGUCACUGGCUGUACGACUCUCCUUUGAAGACAGAGUCCACUUUUCUGGUAAAUUAUUGCUGCAGCCAUCACUGAUUCUUUUCUGGAGUUUCUCUGACCCCAUUCAUCCUCAGUUAAUGCUGGAGAGCCCAGACGACAUCUUCUGUUUCCAGUUCUGUCCAAGUAACCCUAAUAUCAUUGCUGGAGGCUGCAUAAAUGGACAGAUUGUCAUGUGGGACAUUACUGCAUAUGCAGACCGCAUAGAAAACAUCAAGACAGGUGGUAGUGGAAGUAAAAAAGUCACACUCAAGCCCAUGUUUCUUCUUGAACCAGAGAGUAAUAAAGAAGCAAUGUAUAUCAGACACUGUGCAGUCUCCUCAAUAGAAAGUGGUCAUAAGAAAGUAAUUACAGAUAUACAUUGGCUGUCUGACACCUUUGAGAUUGACAGACUGGGUUCUGUCUUUGAGAAUCGAAGUGGAUUGUGCUGUCAACUUGUCACGUGUUCGGCGGAUUGCACAAUAUGUUUUUGGGAUAUCAGACCACAGAAAGCUUUAACCUCUCAACCAACCGAGAAAAAGAAAGAAGAAAGUAUUGAAAUUCCUUUUGAUGUACCAUCUACUUUUUUGCAUCUAGAUCUCUCCUGGAAACCUCUCAGUAAGUAUUUUAAAAGAUAUUUCACCAUAAUGCUGUGUUCCUCUCUCCAUAUGCCUCUGAAAGAUAAAGUGUUAUCUCAGAGCAAAGCCAUAAAGGCAGAAGAAAUAAACCCAUACCAGAAUCUGGAAGGUGGGUUGGUCAAUCAUCUCAAGCCAAUAGAGGAUUUCUGCACAAAGUUCUUUGUGGGAACAGAGGAAGGUGAAGUGAUAUACACAGAUUGGAAAGUGGAAAGAGACCCUGAAACUGGCCGAUUUAUGACAAAGAAGCCAGCGAACCUCUACACUGUCCAUGAUGGAGCUGUGCACACUGUUCAGAGGUCACCUUUUUACAAGGACAUUAUUCUCACUAUCGGGGGAUGGAACAUGGCCAUCUGGAAAGAAGGUGUGAUGACUGGACCCCUCCUUCAGUCAUCCUGUGCACCAAAAAGGUACACCUCAGGGCACUGGUCCCUGACAAGGCCAGGAGUCUUCUAUAUUGGCCGAGAAGAUGGAAACAUCGAUAUCUGGGACCUUCUGGAGAAAACCCACGAACCAGCCCAGUCACAAAACAUCUGUGUCAGUAUGAUCACCUACAUCAAACCCCGGACUUUCUCGGCUAAGCAGCAAUUUAUAGCCAUAGCUGAUUAUUAUGGAACACUGUAUAUAUUGGAAAUUCCUUGGACAUUAAGUCACCCUUCCACCAAUGAGGUAUCGAGCAUCAACCACUACUUUGAAAGAGAAGUCAAGCAUCUGGAAUAUGUAGAACAGCGCAGGAAAAUUCGUGAGCAAGAAAAGAAAGAAAUUGAACUGGAAAUGGAGAAGAAAAAAGUUAUAGCAUACCAGAAGUCAAAAGAGCAAUUGGAGACUGAGCUGAAAAUGGACUACGAGAGUUAUCUGGAACUGGAAAAGACCGUCCUCGUCAGCCUCGGUCUAAUCACAGCAUCCGAGACAACGUCAUAAACAGACGUGAUACAGAGAAGCUCUCUGUAGGAGGUUCUGUGGGCUUUGUGGGACUUUUUUUCUUUCUAUUCAUUAUUUUUUCUGUAAGGUGAACUAGCAAACUAAAAACAUUAAACAGGUUUAUUUAUAA